GGGUGGAGGUCGUCCCAUGGGUGUGGAGGUCAAACUCAGGCUGCUCCUUCUCCUCUCAGCUCUGGCCUGCGCUCCUCUGCUCACAGGGGGCGCUGGUGUGAUGCCACAAACUCCUGUGGUGUCCAGUGGAGGGACACAGAUGCUGCCGUCACAGUCGAAACCAACGCAGGAAAAUACAAACAUCAACUUUGAGCAAAAACCUGAUGAUCCACCAAAACAAGUGAAUGUCUCCAAGAACCGUCAAAGUCUAAUCUGGUCUGGUCUUCAACAUCCAGCCAAUAAUGCACAGUCCGAUUUGAGAUUCAAACAGUUACAUUCAUUACAGAACCUGUCUCUAAAACAACUUUCAAAUCUUUCCAUCGCAAAAGACCCAGAUGCCCCGGAAAUGCAGACAGCCAAGAUUGUAUUGCCCAAACCAAAUUUUCACAACAAUCUAAAUACGAGUCAAUUGAAGCCACUGUUUGUUGAAAAGCAAGUGUCCAGCCCGUCUCCUGUAUCAUCCAAUAUUGGAGUUUCUAAUCCAAAAUCGCAGCCAUUGGAGUCUGAAACACCCGCCUUCCCGAGUGGACUAGUUCACGUUCAAAAUGGAGAACUUCAGUCUCAGACAAUUGUCUAUGAUGCAAGAAAUCAACAAACACCAAAUGAGUCUCAAGAAUCAAGAAAUUAUGAGACCAGUUCUUCAAGAGACCAAUAUUUUAAACACGGAAAACCAAGCUCUCAGAAUCAAAAAAACACAGGACCAUCUUCUCAAACAAGUGAGCAAAACCUAUGGGACAAAUCUUUGAACAAGCAAGAACUUCUCCCUCAAGAUGUUCCCAUGACGACAAAAUCACAACCAACCAGAGAACGACAGCUAUUUCAAACAAUGAGUCUUCAAAGCAGCGGCAGCGCAGGUAGACAGGACCAAAGCUAUGAAGCAAAACAAACUCCUCCCAGGUUCAUCACGGUGCCUCCACUCGGGAAAGAUCACGUCGUCUCUGUGAGAAUCGCCCCACACUGA